GGCUGCAAUUGUCCCGGACCAAAAAACGACGCUUGGUUUCAUUUUAUCCCGACCAUUGCGCACAACUUUUACGCAUUAAACAGAUAUUUGGAGAGGCUCCGCUGUGUUCCUUCGUCGGACUGUAUGCGUCUAGAGUGACCAAGUUUGCCCACUGCGCUCUUCUAUUGAGUUUGUACGGCUAAGGACCGGACAUUUUAUCACCCGACUGUCCUUAUCUGGCCAGGAGACUCCAGAAGGUUUUUAUACAAUCACCUUUUGAAAAAGGUUCACAGAAUUUCCUCGGGAGAGCGUGGAAGUGCCUUUACGCGUGGACAGCAUCGCGCCACAGGACUGGGAUCACCUUCAGAAAACAUCCAACCUUUAUUUACUAUUUUCUGAGCAGCACAUAAGCCUAAAUCAGAAUCCGCAAAAUGUAUCAAAGCCUGGCGUUGUCCUCCAACCAGUCACCUUAUGCGCAUGACACCGGGAAUUACAUCCACCCCUCGGCCAGCUCUCCGGUCUACGUCCCCACCACCAGAGUCCCGGCCAUGCUGCCCACCCUGCCCUACCUGCAGACAUGUGACACCCCCCACCAGUCCCACGGCCUCGGCGGGCACCACGGCUGGCCCCAGACCGGCACGGAUGGCUCCUCAUUCACGCCCAGCAGUCCGCACCCUCCUCCCGGAUUCUCCUACUCGCACAGCCCGCCUGUCAGCACCAAUACUGGCCGGGAUACGACCUACCAGAGCCCGCUGGUUCUCGGUAACGGCGCCCGGGCCGACCAGUAUGGAGGUGCACUGGUGCGCUCUGUCGGAGGGUCCUAUUCCAGCCCCUACGCUUACAUGAGCCCCGAGAUGGCCACCUCCUCCUGGACCCCCGGACACUUCGAGAGCGGGGUGAUCAGUCUGCAGGGACGGCAAGGAGGCCUGUCUGGAAGAAGAUCCAGUCUGGACCUGAUGGAGGAGAUGUCCACCGAGGGCCGGGAGUGCGUCAACUGCGGCUCCAUCUCCACGCCGCUGUGGCGGAGGGACGGGACCGGCCACUAUCUGUGUAACGCCUGCGGCCUCUACCACAAGAUGAACGGCAUCAACAGGCCGCUCAUUAAGCCUCAGAAACGCCUGCAGACCACAUCCCGCCGGGCCGGUCUGUGCUGCACUAACUGCCACACCAGCACCACCACGCUGUGGAGGCGCAACGCUGAAGGAGAACCUGUCUGUAACGCCUGUGGCCUUUACAUGAAGCUGCACGGGGUGCCCAGACCUCUGGCCAUGAAGAAAGAGAGUAUUCAGACCAGGAAACGCAAGCCCAAGAUGCCCAAGAAUAAAACCUCCACAGGAGGAUCCACGGCCUCUGACACCAGCUCCCCGUCCUCCCUCUCAGUAUCAGAACAUGCCUCCACCAUAAAGAGUGAACCCAACAUGGCCCCUUCACCCUACGCUGGACAGACUGUCACAUCUGUCUCUCAGACGUCCUCUCAGUUGGACAGCACAGGAUCAGGACAUGUGGACAUUAAAUUUGAGGAUUAUCCCUUUACCCCGAGCUCCAUCGCCCCACACAACUCCUGGUGUGCUCUGUCUCAAGCAUGAGGAGACUCUGAACGCUUCUACCAAUACAGCACAGUACAAUCACCAUGCCGGGAACACAUGUCUUGAUUUGGCUUUGUCGUGGAAGCCAUUAUCGAAGUCUCUCCGUCCUUUUAAGUGGGUCACAUGACUACUGCGGGGUUUCCUCCAGUUGUGGGGCGACAGCAGUGAAGCAAGUGUGAAAAAAGGGCGACUUAAAUGAUGUCUAGAUUUCUUCCUGGUUUCAUCUGACUCGGGGACCAUCUCAUCUGGUUGAUAUAAUCCUCUCAUCAGGUUGGGCUUAUUUACAGGCUUAGUUGGAACACAGCUCACCUGGACCAAACAAGGACACAGGGUACCUGAACUGCAGUUUUACAAAUGUAUGGCUCUAAAUCGUCCUGUUAACUGCAGCACACCUACAUGAGCGAAACCUGAACCAGGACUUAACACUGACGCCUGGCUCCGCCGAGCUCAGAUCCAACACGCCACGAACUCAGCUCGGCUGGAUGACAAAUUAUAGACUUGUGACUAGAACUACCUAUUACUUUAAGUCUCUUCAUUUUGAAGAAACACUAGCCAAGAUACCGA